AUGAGGGUCCUCACCUAUACAAUCCCCCAAGUGGGGGAAGAACGAAAACCACAGAUUGGGAUGGAAUUUCCAUCAUUGGAGGAGGCCUUCGCGUUCUAUAAUCAAUAUGCACGUGAAUCCGGCUUUAGUGCAAGAUUAGGCAAUACUGCUCAAGUUGACAGUGUAAAGGAAAGAGCACGUGGGGAAGUAAGGACUGGAUGUAGGGCAAAACUAUCACUUGUUAAAGAACAGACCGAGGCAAAUUGGAUUGUCACUAAAUUCUUGGAAAGUCAUAAUCAUCCACUCUCAACACCUUCGAAGGUGCAUUUGCUCCACUCACAUCGCCAUGUUUCUGAAGCCAAGAAAGUUUUGACGCAGCAGUUUGCAGAAGCUAAUAUCCCAACUUGUCAACAAGUCCGAUUAUUGGAGAUAGAUUCCGGAGGCCCUGAGUUUCUAGGUUGCACGGAAUGGGAUAUUAGAAACUUUGAGAGAGAGUUAAGGGAUGAACAAAAGGGAAUUGACGCUGAAACACUGAUUGAGUUUUUUGCGACUGAGAAAGAGAAGAAUCCCGGCUUUUUCUAUGCUUAUGAGAUUGAUUCAACAGGAAGAUUCACUAGGUGUUUCUGGGCGGAUCAUGUAUCAAGGAGGGCAUACAGCGUCUUUGGAGUUAAUCAUCAUCAUCAAAGCAUCGUAUUCGGUUGUGCCUUUUUAAGUGAUGAGAAAACUGAGUCGUUUGUUUGGUUGCCUACAAAGUUCAUUGAAGCAAUGCCUAAAGGUCCACCAACUGUGAUUAUCACCGAUCAAGAUCCAGCGUUGAUGAAGGCCAUUGGCCAGGUUUUACCUCAAACAGUGCAUCGAUAUUGUUUGUGGCACAUACUCAAUAAAUUUCAAGAUAAAUUACCCCCCUUGACUUUUCGCAACUACUAUCAAAUGAUAAAGGAUGUAAUUGUUAACUCCUCAUCCCCAGCCGAAUUUGAUAAGACAUGGGAAGAAGUUAUCAGGUGUUCUGGAUUGGAGAACAAUGAUUGGUUAACAUUGAUGUAUGAAAUAAGACAAAGGUGGGUCCCAUUAUUUUUUAACCAUGUUUUUUCUGCUGGAAUGUCAAGCAGUCAGUGA